ACUGCUGUGGCCUCUCCCAUUACGGAGCACAGGCUCCGGACGCGCAGGCUCAGCGGCCAUGGCUCACGGGCCCAGCCGCUCCGCGGCAUGUGGGAUCUUCCCGGACCGGGGCACGAACCCGUGUCCCCUGCAUCGGCAGGCGGACUCUCAACCACUGCGCCACCAGGGAAGCCCAAACCACUAAAUUCUUAAUCUUCAACUCCAGCAAAUGAAGGUCCCUAAACAAAACCAAAAACCUAAUUUCUGCUAUUGCAAAAAGCCAGGACAUCGGAAAAAAGACUUACAAAUUUAAGCGUUCCAGGAGUUUUCAGCCCUCUCAGCCUUUCCAGUGUCCUCCUAAUGCCCAGUGAGGGGCCCUGAGGAACUACAGGGGCUCUUCCCAAUCCUCCCUGUUAAUCAGCUCGAAGAAACAGCUCUCCAGAUUGGGAAGGAAUCUCUGUCCUUACUGACAGCGGGGCCACACUCUCGGUGCUCAGCCCCACUGCAGAGCCCUAAUACAGUUCCCAUAGUGGCGAUCUCUGAUACUCCUCAACAGGCUCCUGUCUCUGAACCUUUUCCCUUUUGUUUAGGCCCUUUGAGAGAGACACACUUUCUCUCCUUAGCUCGUCUCCCUCCAUUCACUCAUUAGGCCAAGACUUCUUGGAAGAGUAUUAUGCCGAAUUUCUUUCUCCCAAAAGAGGGAAAUAAUUCUAGAAUUUGACAGUAGCCAUCUAAAUAGCCAACUUGGUAAAUUAAAAGACCCUUCGACAUCUUUUAUUUGUUCUGUUUCCAGCACUGCUGGGGCCGAUUCUUGAAACACUGAUCAUUUGUCCCUAUUGAGUCAGCCACCACCCUCCUUAUAGGCAAAAAUCUCCAACUGAUAUUGGCAAAAUUCACAGUGUACCUCCCAUUAAGAUCCAAAUAGAUCCCUCUAAACUCUCUUCAGAAUUAAUCAGUACCCUGUAAGUAAAGAAGCCCUUCAGAUAGAAAACCCAUGAUAGAAGAUUUCAAGGCUCAGGGCCUCACUAUCCCUUGCACUAGUCCCUGUAAUACACCUGUUAUACCUGUGAGAAAACCCAAGGGCUGAGGAUGGAGGUUUAUCCAGGACCUCUGAGCAAUAAACAUUGUUAUCUCUCAACACCCAGUUGUUCCUAACCACUGCAUGCUACUGACAUCCAUUCCCACUUGAAGCAAGUUUUUCACUGUGACUGAUCUAUGCAGUGUAUUUUUCAACUCAUUCUAGUUGAUAAGGCUAGCCAAUACCUUUUUGCCUUCACCUGGGACGGACAACAAUAUACUUGUAUAGCAGUGACCCAGGGUUUCACAGAAAGUCCUUACUUUUCACAAAUCUUGAAAGCUGAUUUGGAUGAUGUAAAGUUUUCUGCAGGUUCUGUUUUGUUACAUUAUAUAGAUGAUUUGCGCCUAUGCUGUCCUUCUCAAACCUCCUCACAGGAAGACAGCAUCCACCGGCUAAAAUUUUUGGCCUUAAAGGGACAUAAAGUCUCCAAAGAAAAAUGGCACUUUGCUCAAACUCAGGUUCAGUAUUUAGAGCACGUGAUCUCAGAACAGGGACUACUGGAUCUAGAUAGACUCCAUGACAUCCUGAACUGCCCAGAAUCGAACACUAAGCUCCGAAGGUUUUCUUGGGCUAUCUGGCUACUGUUGAAAUCGGAGUCCAAUUUUCUCUCUUCUGGCUCAGCCCCUACGUGCUUUAUUAAAAACCAGCAAAUCUGACCCCAUUAAUUGGGGAGAUCAAGAUGACACAGCUUUUGAAGACUUAAGGAAAAGCUUAAUGAGACUACCUGCCCUUGGGCAUCCUAAUUACCAGCUUCCCUUUUCCCUCUUUGUAUGUGAGAAGGCAGGGAAUGUCCUCGGAGCCCAAAAACAGGGGGCUUGUAGGAACUGUGCUGGUAUUUGGCCUGUGGGCUGUUUGAGAAUGAUUCUUUUGCUCUAGAGAAAAACCCCUGAAAAAUGGGAUCCCAGUUAUCUAAAUGUUUUGAGGGUAUUGUAGCCAACAGGGUAUUGUAGGGUAUUGUAGCCAACAGCUGGACCCUGUGGCACAGGUAUAUCCCCCUUGCUUCAAAGCCAUUCCUUCUACUGUCCUUCUGGUUAAGGCCACCAAAGAGACAAUCAUGGGAUCCCCUUUAACCAUCUUCGUACCCCAUCUUCGUACUGCAUGCUUCCAUGCAGUGGAAGCCCUCCUAAAUUCUCGUCCACUCAACAUUUUUCAGUCAGUUGCCUCACCUCUUAUGAAAUCCUUUUGCUAACUGCUCCUCACAUAGCUCUUUCACAUUGCACCAACCUCAACCCUGCUACUCUUCUCCUCUCCUUCACUGACGAAUCCCCUCACCACUGCCUGACCCUUACUGGUCACCCUUUGACUCCGUGUAAUAAUUUAGAGGAGACUCCUCUAACCAAUGCAGAUUUUUCAUGGUUUACUGAUGGUUCUUAUUUAAAGGGAGAAAGUGGUAAAGAUUGUGCUGGGUAUGCCAUUGCAACUCCUUUUGAUAUUGUUGAAGCAGCGCCUUUACCUACGGCUUAAUUAUGCAACAGGCUGAAUUAUAUGCCCUCACUGAGGUUUGUAGUUUAGCCAAGGGCAAAACUGCAAACAUUUAUACUGAUAGUCAGUAUUCCUUUGGAGCAACCCAUGACUUUGUAAUAACAUGGAAACAAGGUUUCCCUACCUCUAAUGGGGAAAAGAUUAAAAAUGGCUCUUAUAUGCAAAAUCAGUUAGGCGCUAUACUCUUGACAGCUGCCUUGACUAUUAUUAAGAUCCCUGGGCAUUCCAAGCUUGAGUCCCUAUAGGCUGAAAGAAACCACCUUGCUGCUAUUUCUGCCCCAAAUGCUGCUCUCGAAGGAACCAAUGACCAAACUUCCGGUAUGAUCCAAAAGGAUGCUCCCCAAGAUAACCAUCUAGAAAUGCCCAAUGCCCCAGAAAAGGAAAAACAGUAUUGGGGAUCUAGGAACUGCUGGUUCAGUAGAAAGAGAAAACUCUGGUUUGGGCCAAAUAACAAACUGGUCCUCCCAGAAAUUCUGAUUCCCACACCUCAGCACUGUACAUGCAUUGAACUCUUGGUCCAGUGACAAAAUGAUAGCAUUCAUGAAUGAAUGUUGGUGGGGAAAUAUUAAUAAGGCCACAAAAAGUACCUCCCUUCUUGUCCCACCUGUCCAAAAUACAAUCCAGGGAAACCUGUUUGCACUGUUCCCAGACACUUUGAAUUGCGUAAUGGGCCAUUCAAAGUUUGGUAGAUGUAGAGGGGAAAGUGGGGGAGGGAUAAAUCAGUAGAUUGGGAUUGACAUAUAUAUACUACUCUGUAUAAAGUAGAUAACUAAUAAGGACCUAUUGUAUAGCACAGCGAACUCCACUCAAUACUCUGUAAUGACCUAUAUGGGAAAGAAUCUAAAAAAGAGUGGAUAUACAUGUAUGUAUAAUUGAUUCACUUUGCUGUACACCUGAUACUAACGCAACAUCGUAAAUCAACUAUAUUCCAAUUAAAAUAAAAGUUUGGUAGAUGGAUUUCACAUAGCUGUCCCCAUCUCAUGGAUAUAAAUAUAUUUUAUUACAUGGUCUGUACGUUUUCUCAUUGGAUUGAAGCCCUCCCUUGCAGACAGGCCACUGCUUCUUCUGUGGCUACAAUUUUGAUAGCAAAGAUUAUCCCUACCUGGGCAACCCCUCUUGAACUUCACAGUGAUCAAGGAACCCAUUUUACUGGUCAGGUGCUUCGACAAGUUUGUGCUCUUUAACUGGUUUUACAACAUUUUCACUGUACUUUCUAUCCUCAAUCCUCAGUUAGUGGAACGUUCUAAUGGCAAUAUUAAGACCUAAUGGGCAAAAUUCAUAGAGACCCUCCCCCAAAAAAAGCAUUGCCAUCGGUCCUUCUAAAUCUCAGAUCCACCCCUUUCAGAAGUCAAACUCUCACCCUUUGAGGCAGUCACAGGACACCCAAUGUUCCUUGCCCCACCCACUUUUGACCCAGAGCUGAUGAAAGGAGAUAUAUUUCAAUAUUGUAAAGGCCUGAUUGCGUCUAUUAAAAAUAACAAUGCUUGGUAGAGCAAUCUUCUUCAUAGUGUGCUCUUGGGAGACGAAGACCUUAAGCAUCACACCUUUCAACCUGGAGAUUUCAUGUACUGGAAAAGACACCUCGAGAAGGACUCUCUUCAACCUCACUGGAAAGGCCCCAUCAGGUACUGCUAACCUACCCUUGUGCCUCCAAACUUCAGAGAACAGACUCUUGGAUUCAUGUGACACAUCUAAGAAAGCACCAGACCCUAACUGGACCUGCACACCAUCUGGUGACCUGAAGGCCUGUGCAUGCUUCUCACCCCCCCACGGCCAUGGCCCUGGUCAGCAUCAACCAGCUGCCCGAGAGCAUCCUGCUGGAGGUGUUCACGCACCUGCCCGCUCGCCAGCUGCUGCUGAACUGCCGCCCUGUCUGCAGCCUCUGGCGCGACCUCAUCGACCUUGUGACCCUCUGGAAGCGCAAAUGCCUGCAUGAGGGCUACGUCACUGAGGACUGGGACCAGUCCGUGGCUGACUGGAAGGUCUUCUACUUUCUGUGCAACCUCCGCAGGAACCUCCUGCGCAACCCGUGUGCCGAAGAGGAUAUGAGAUCCUGGAAAAUCGACUCCAACGGAGGGGACCAGUGGAAGGUGGAGAGCCUCCCCGGGGCGCAUGGCACAGACUUCCCUGACCCCAAAGUCAAGAAGUACUUUGCCACGUCCUAUGAGAUGUGUCUCAAGUCGCAGCUGAUAGACCUCAAAGCCGAGGGCUACUGGGAGGAGCUACUGGACAAGUUCCGGCCGGACAUCGUGGUUAAGGACUGGUUCGCCGCCAGAGCGGACUGUGGCUGCACCUACCACAUCCGAGUACAGCUGGCCUCGGCCGACUACAUCGUCCUGGCCUCCUUCGAGCCCCCGCCCAUGACCGUCCAUCAGUGGAACGAUGCCAGAUGGACAGAGGUCUCCCACACCUUCUCGGAUUACCCUCCAGGUGUCCGCCACAUCCUCUUCCAGCACGGGGGCAAGGACACCCAGUUCUGGGCAGGCUGGUACGGUCCCCGCGUCACCAACAGCAGCAUCGUCAUCAGCCACAGGGUGACCAGGAGCCCGGCCCCCUCCGUGGCUCCGCGCUAGACCAUGCAGGGGCCAGAAGAGGUGGCCCGCCUGCCCUCCCCCCUCCCCCUCCACAGGCCCUCCUGACAGCCUGUCCUCCGACAGCCAUUCAUCCGUCUUCCAUCUGGGCCAGCCGAUUGCCAAAGGUCCCCUCCAGGCAAGGCAUGAGCCUGUAGGGGGCAGCGAGGCCCCCUGCCCCAGUUCCCACCUGGGGCAAACCCACCAUUCUGUGAACUUAAUUAUCACGUAGCUCUGACAUUUUGUUGUAAUAAAUGUUUUCAGUAAAACCA